UGAAUGUCUGUCUGUUUUCAUGAUUCAGCGGUUUGUCCUCAGUUUGUUUGAAUCGGCAUGCUGUCAUCAUCACUAGGUCAACGUAACAUCUGCUAAUUUUGAGAUUUGCAGAGGGCACAGCAGGUUUGAUGCCCGUGCUCCAACAUGGAGCACUCAGAUUUGACCACUCACAAGAACGGGCGGCAGAGGAAGCUGGCGGGUACCACUCUUCCACCUGAGGACAUGAGGGGCAUGGACAGGGGCGAGUCUGGAUCAGAACCAGAGGUUGAGGAUGAAGGUGAAGAUCUUAUCAGAGGGUCUGACUCUGAGGACAGGAGGCGCAGAGUCCAGCCUGGGAUUCGUGGAGAGUUGGGCAAUGUGUUACUCCUCCUCUUCCUCUAUGUGCUUCAGGGGAUUCCUCUGGGACUGGCGGGUAGCAUCCCUUUAAUCUUACAGAGUAAGAACGUAAGCUACAAAGACCAAGCCUUCUUCAGCUUUGUCUUCUGGCCUUUUAGUCUGAAGCUUCUCUGGGCACCACUGGUGGAUGCCCUCUACUUCAGCAGGUUUGGUAGGAGAAAGUCCUGGCUGGUCCCCACACAGUACCUGCUUGGCCUCUUCAUGAUCUACCUCUCUAUGUCAGUGGAUUCACUGCUGCAGAGUGAAGGAGGCCCAAAUGUGCUAACACUUACUGCAGUCUUCUUUAUGCUUGCCUUCUUGGCAGCAACACAGGACAUAGCUGUGGACGGUUGGGCCCUGACUAUGUUAUCCAGAGAGAACGUGGGCUAUGCUUCUACGUGUAACUCUGUGGGCCAGACAGCUGGCUACUUUUUGGGAAAUGUGCUUUUUCUGGCUCUGGAAUCGGCAGAUUUCUGUAACAAAUACCUCAGAGUGGUGCCAAAGGACACAGGCAUUGUCACUUUACCAGACUUCUUAUUUUUCUGGGGAAUGGUGUUCCUGGUGUCUACAACUUUGGUGGCCAUCAUUAAAAGGGAAAAUGAGCACGGCAAAGGAAAGAGGAGGGUGCACGAGGAGACACAGGGCGUCAUGGAAACCUACAAGCUCCUGCUCUCUAUCAUCAAAAUGCCUACAGUCUUCACCUUCUGUGUCCUGCUUCUCACAGCUAAAGUCGGUUUCUCUGCAGCCGACGCUGUGACUGGUCUGAAACUAGUGGAAGCCGGAGUUCCUAAGGAGCAGCUGGCAUUGCUGGCAGUGCCCAUGGUUCCUCUGCAGAUCCUGCUUCCUGUGAUCAUCAGUAAAUACACAGCAGGGCCCAGACCUUUGGAUGUCUUCUACAAGGCGUUCCCCUUCAGGCUGCUCAUAGGACUGGAGUACGCUCUGCUGGUGUGGUGGACCCCCAGUGUCAAACAGGACGGAGGGUUCCCUAUCUACUACUAUGCUAUUGUGCUGCUUAGCUACGCAUUGCAUCAGGUGGCGUUGUACAGUAUGUAUGUGGCCUGCAUGGCCUUUCAUGCCAAAGUAAGCGACCCCCUGAUCGGCGGGACCUACAUGACCCUCCUGAACACAGUCACUAACCUGGGUGGAAACUGGCCAUCCACUGUGGCUCUGUGGUUGGUGGACCCACUGACCUCUAAAGUGUGUGACGGGGCUGUGGGGCAGAGCUGCGGCUCUGCAGAAGAGUCUGGGCUCUGCAUUAAGGAGGGCGGCACUUGUCUGACGACGUUGGAUGGCUACUAUGUGGAGUCACUGGUGUGCGUUGUCAUUGGUUUAGCUUGGUGGGUGUGGUUAGGGAAGAAAAUGAGGCAGCUGCAGGAGCAGAGCCCGGCUGCAUGGAGGUGCAGAGCUGAUCGGUAAUGAUACGGAUGAACCAAACCACAGACUUAUCCCCUCACUGUCUUCAGACGUUGACUCAAAGUACAGUUUUUUAAAUCCAUCUGGUCUAGUCCGUCUGGUUCUUGAGCUGCUUCAUUAAGAAAAAAACAUUCUCACUGCUGUCAUCUGAAGUACUGAAGUCUGAUGAAAGAUGGGAUUUUUUUUCUAUGAAAAUGAAAGUUUGACUUGCUGGCACGCUCUCUCACUGUAACAGGGCCCUCAAAUGAUAAUAUCCCUGAUGUUUAAGAAAAAAUAACACUGAUUAUUUAUGCUGCUCAACAGAACCAAACCUUAGCAGGGACAAAGUUAAAUCUGCAUUAAUAUCCACCAGUUAACUAUAUUUUCCAUGAAGUAAAAGUCACAUUAUCGUGUUGAUUUUGGCUUUAGCCACAGACGGCGACAAGGAAUUUCUUCUGUAAUGUUUGCUCAAAUAUCUUUCUUCCUCUGGAGUAAUUCGUGCCUUGGUUAGUUUUUCUAUAGAGCAGCUACAGAGAUGAUCUUAUUUAAGAUGCAGUUCAGCUGAGAAGGCGGCGAGAGUGGACCAUUUUGUUACCCGUUAGUUUUCCACAUGAAGCUGAGAGCACAUUCCUUAUUCUCUUAUUUGCACAACAUAUUUAAAACAUCUAUCCAUUAUCAACAUUAUUUUCAAUUCUUGAAAUAACCAAGACAGUCUACAUAGAGAUCAACUCAGUCUAUAUUUGCUACCUUUACCUGAAUCUGGUAAGCUACACUUAAAUGUUACACAUAUAAAAAAACGUGUGCUGAAACAGGCAGAUUUUCCCCUCAUGAUGUCAUGUAGGGAGUUAGCCCCACCCUUAGCUUCGGUUGGCCCUCCCCGCUGGAAUAAAGUUCUGCUCUCCUCCCCCUCCUGAGCUGAGAGGAGGAUCAGGAGCGCUACAUCCAUUUCCUGAAACGGGGCAGAGUCAGAUAGCUCAUUAAAGACUCUGUAAAGUGAAAUCCAAAGUUUUUGUCUUACAGUAGAUAUGUUGGAAAAUGGUUGCUGUAAACAUGUGAAAACACUGAGAUCUACAUGGGACUGAAUUUUGGAUUUAAACCUCACUUCUUUUCUUGCUAGGUUUAAUGUGGGCGGGGCCAUCGUGAGCUGGUGAUGUCAUGAGCCCCCACUAGGGAAUGACCCCGCCCCUCUAACACUCCAAUCUAAAAUCACAGAGCAGUUCAUCUCAGUCCAGUC